GAGAGAGAGAAAGAAACAAAGAGAGAAAGAAAGAGAGAAAGGGAGAGAACAAGAGAUAAUUCGUCAGACAUGAACGUUACUCUGACGGUGGAGUUACCCGGCAAUGACAGCUACAACGUCUCUACCAACGGUCUCGACUGUGACCGUCAGCCUAUCCCAUAUACGGGAUGGGAGGGUACAUUGAUAGUAGUGAUCGCCACCUUCCUCUGUCUCAUCACGGCUAUAGGCAACAUGAUUUGCUUAUUAGCAAUCAUGAUUGACAAGAAACUGCAGAAGUUCUCCAAUUAUUUCGUCUUCAGCCUAGCGAUAGCCGACUUCGCGGUCGGCCUAAUCUCCAUGCCCGUCUUUACGCUGUACAAGGUGCUCGGUUAUUGGCCACUCGGGCCGCGGGUGUGCGACACGUGGCUAUCGCUCGAUUAUCUGCUAAGCAACGCAUCGGUCCUCAAUAUACUUAUAAUAAGUAUGGACCGAUACGUCUCCGUCACGCGCCCGUUCGCUUAUCAGGCCAAUAGAACCACAACAAAAGCAGCCAUCAUGAUCGGUGAGUACCUAAUUAUUGGAGAAGUCAGGGAAUUCUCGGAGAACUUUGUCGAGACUCGAGAAACUUUGACUUUCGUCGAAAUUGUCUCUUUGAAGAUUUUGUUUUUUAUUUGUGAUUUAAAACUGCUCCAAUUCUCUCUUACAAAGUUCAAAUAAAUAUCCUGAUAAAAUAAUUUAUUAAUUAAAGUAAUUUAAAUCGACCGUGACUGGCAAUAUAUAA